AUGGUUAGCUCAAUGUUCAUCAAGGUUACUUGCUUGGUCGUGGCAUGCUUGAUUUUGGGCAUUCCAUUAGCCAAUGCUGGCGAGUUAUGUGAUAAAGUUCGAAUGGCUUUUAUACCUACAUGUUUUCCGUACCUUAGAAAUGGGGGUCCAUCUGUACCUAUACCAUGUUGCAAUGCGCUUAAAGAUAUAAAUGAGGAGAUCCCAGAUACUGAUCAACGUAUAGAGGCAUGCAAGUGCAUGCAAUUCGUUAUAACUAUAACGCCCGGAGCUGAACUUCCUGACAGAGCCAUCGCCCUCCCUACCAACUGUGGUAUCGACUUUCCCUUUGAGAUUAGCCCUUGGGUGGAAUGUGACCGAGCUGUCAAAAUGGGCUAG